GCCAAGAGCGGCCGCCGCCUCUGCCGGAGGAGCCGCGGGGCCGCCACACUCGCCCCCCGCCCCCCCCCCGCGCUCACUCGCACUCACACCCGGGCGCAGGAGGCGGGCGGCCCGGGCCCCACCGGCCCCCCAUGGACGCCCCCGGCACGGGGCGCUGAGACCCCGCGUCGCUGCCCAGCCCUGUCCAGCGCGCCACGCCGAGGGACUUCUGGACAAGACUCCAAAGCUACUCCCCCAGCCCGAGACCCCUCCUCAGACCCAGCUUGUCCUCAGCCCUACCACCUGCCACUCCCUGGCCCCUCUCACCGCCCGCCCCCCUUGGGGCGCAGGGCAUGGUGUGAAAGGCCAAGUGUUGAGGGGGGCACCAUGGGUGCUGUGCCCUAGGGCCUGGGUGGCAGGGGGUGGGCGGCCUGUGGGUGUGCCGGGGGGGCCAUCGUGCCCACCCCAGUCUCUUGGCGUGCUGGAGGGCAUCCUGGAUGGAAUUGAAGUGAAUGGAACAGAAGCCAAGCAAGGUGGAGUGUGGGUCAGACCCAGAGGAGAACAGUGCCAGGUCACCAGAUGGAAAGCGAAAAAGAAAGAACGGCCAAUGUUCCCUGAAAACCAGCAUGUCAGGGUAUAUCCCUAGUUACCUGGACAAAGACGAGCAGUGUGUCGUGUGUGGGGACAAGGCAACCGGUUAUCACUAUCGCUGCAUCACUUGUGAGGGCUGCAAGGGCUUCUUUCGCCGCACAAUCCAGAAGAACCUCCAUCCCACCUACUCCUGCAAAUAUGACAGCUGCUGUGUCAUUGACAAGAUCACCCGCAACCAGUGCCAGCUGUGUCGCUUCAAGAAGUGCAUCGCCGUGGGCAUGGCCAUGGACUUGGUUCUAGAUGACUCAAAGCGGGUGGCCAAGCGCAAGCUGAUCGAGCAGAACCGGGAGCGGCGACGAAAGGAAGAGAUGAUCCGAUCACUGCAGCAGCGACCGGAGCCCACUCCGGAAGAGUGGGACCUGAUCCAUGUUGCCACAGAGGCCCAUCGCAGCACGAAUGCCCAGGGCAGCCAUUGGAAGCAGAGACGGAAAUUCCUGCCGGAUGACAUCGGCCAGUCACCCAUAGUCUCCAUGCCGGAUGGAGACAAGGUGGACCUAGAGGCCUUCAGUGAGUUUACCAAGAUCAUCACCCCGGCCAUCACCCGUGUGGUGGACUUUGCCAAAAAACUGCCCAUGUUCUCCGAGCUGCCUUGCGAAGACCAGAUCAUCCUCCUGAAGGGGUGCUGCAUGGAGAUCAUGUCCCUGCGGGCGGCUGUCCGCUAUGACCCCGAAAGCGACACCCUGACGCUGAGUGGGGAGAUGGCCGUCAAGCGGGAGCAGCUCAAGAAUGGUGGCCUGGGCGUAGUCUCCGACGCCAUCUUUGAACUGGGCAAGUCACUCUCUGCCUUUAACCUGGAUGAUACGGAAGUGGCUCUGCUGCAGGCUGUGCUGCUAAUGUCAACAGACCGCUCGGGCCUGCUGUGUGUGGACAAGAUCGAGAAGAGUCAGGAGGCGUACCUGCUGGCGUUCGAGCACUACGUGAACCACCGCAAACACAACAUUCCGCACUUCUGGCCCAAGCUGCUGAUGAAGGUGACUGACCUCCGCAUGAUCGGGGCCUGCCACGCCAGCCGCUUCCUCCACAUGAAAGUCGAGUGCCCCACCGAACUGUUCCCCCCACUCUUCCUCGAGGUCUUUGAGGAUCAGGAAGUCUAAAGCCUCAGGCGGCCAGAGGGUGUGCGGAGCUGGUGGGGAGGAGCCUGGAGAGAAGGGGCAGAGCUGGGGGGCUGAGGGAGGCCCCCCACCCCUCUUCUCUCCUUCCUCUCAUCCUUGGAUAGAUUCAGCUCCCACACACACACCCCGCACUGCCCGUCCCUCCUCAGAACCUCCAGCCCUGGGACAGGGCAAACACAUGAACUUGCUAUGAAAAAGACAGUGUGGGAGGCUGGGGGACCGUGUCCUGCAGUUCCCAGGACCCCAUCCUCUAAGAAGGUAGGGGAAGGGAGGAGAUCUAAGAGGGGACAAGCCAUCUUGACUGUAGGGGAUGGAAGAAUGUGGGGUGGGGGAAGAUGCCCCCAACUCAGCCCCUACACACACACAAGAGAGAGCCCCUCCUGCACAGUUCCUUGACAGAGGUUCCCCCUCCAGGCUAAGGGCCUCUCUGCUUCCCCAGAAGCCUGGGUGCAAAGAAAGGCUUGGCUUGGCUCCUCCCCCUGGAGGUUAAAAAUUAGUCAUUCUAACUGCACUUUGGAAACCAGGCAAGGGGAGAAGAUAAAUGAAGAAAAACUAGACAGAGAGAAAAAGAAAAAAAGAGUGAGCGAUUGAUAGAGAUAGAGAGAGAGAGAUGAUAUUAAGUUAUUAACCGAGGCUGGCCCCCUACCACCCCUAAGCACUUUGAGAGCUGCCCCUCCUCCCGCAAAUCAGAGAGAACUGCCCCACAUACCAGGUCCCCAAGGGCAGGGCUGCCGAUCAGAGCUGUGAGUUAACACAACAGGGUCCUGGCCAUCCCUCCUUGCCUUGCCCCUCCCCCUGUGCCCCUUCGGCACCCCCCUGCCCAGUGCUCCCUCUGCUCUCUGCCACUCGUGCCCGCUGAGUUCCAUCUACCUCUCACGCUGGAUGCCAGCUGGCCCCUCACCAGCCUGCCCUGCUGCCCACACAGCUCCCCUUUCAAGUGCCCAGCCCCAGGGGCCUCUCCCUGCCCCCCCCCACUCCUUCCACACCUUGGCACCCACACAGGAAAAACUGUGGCUCAAGCUCCUGCCCUCCUCACACCUGCAGUAUUAGCUAUAAUCCAGAUGCUGCUGCACUGGGGGGGAGUUAGGGGGGUGUGUGUGAGUUUCUCCCAGAGCCUCUACCCCCUUAGGACCGUGUCCCCAUCUGUCUUCUGGGCUCUCUCUAACCUCUGCCCUCUUCCUUCCCCACUCCCACUCAAUGCACUAACCCAGACUCUGGGCAGGCAGGCACCAGAAUGGGGGUGCCUAGAUAAAUGGCACUUAGUUGGGGCCCCAGGGGAGGGGGCGGUUGGUGCUCCUCCUUUUUUCUUUGAAGCUCUUUAGGCCAGCCACCCCUCUGCCCCUGGGACCCCCUCCCCUCUUCUUUUCUCUAAUUCAGGGACUUUGGCUUGAGCCACCUCCCACCCUCCUGGUGAGGAGUGCUCUGUUGGUCUGCACUUGGGUGAGCUGCCCUCCUCCUCUUCCUUUUGGCUAUCGCCCACUGCCCACUCCACAGGGGAGAGAGGGAGGGAGGAGGUAGCCCUCCCAUGGGUGGGGGGGAGGGUGGGGAGGGACAGAACAGACCAGAGGGCCCUGGGCUCAGGGCUGCAUGUCGGCAGGGAUGGAUGGGUGGACAUAGAUGCCCCCGGAAGCCAUGGGGAAUGGGGCAGGGGCAGGGGGAGGGGUGCCAGGGCUUCCUGCGCUUUGCACUAUUGGGGCAAAAAUGUCUUAAGCAGUGGGGAACCUGCCACCCCACCCUGACCCUCAGCCUGCCACAGCCCCCUACAUACACACACACACACACACACACACACACACACACACACGGGAAGGCAAUGCUAUGCUGCCCAUCAGGGCAUGUCCUUCCCCCACUGUCCAGGUGUUCUGACAGGGGUGGAGGGCCUGGAAGAGCAUCUGCUGUCACCUGUGCAUGUGCCUGCCCUGCCCCCCUUGGGCUCGUGGGCUGCCCCUGCUGUCUUUGUCUGUCUCUAUCCUCUCUCUCUCCUGGGGUACUGAUUCCUAUAUUACCCCAGUCCCAUGGGUAAGCCCUCUUGUACCCUCCUCUGGGGGUAUACCACCCCUGGGGGCCCAGUGGAAUUCCUGACCUGUCUGCUGUCUCCUCCC